CUGUUUUGGGUGAUGGCGGCGCGCGGCCUGGAGCAGAGAUGCCCGUUGGUGGCCGGGGGUGAGCGAUGACCAGGCUCCUGGACGUGGUGCACAGAGUGGCUGUGUCCGUCGUGCGCUGCAGUGGCCGUGGCUGCCGCGCGCUCGCCAUGUUCUAUGCCGUGAGGAGGGGCCGCAAGGCCGGGGUCUUCCUGACCUGGAAUGAAUGCAGAGCACAGGUGGAUCGGUUUCCUGCAGCCAGAUUUAAGAAGUUUGCCACAGAGGAGGAAGCCUGGGCUUUCGUCAGAAACUCUGCAAGCCAUGAGGGUUCAGAAGGGCAGGGGAACGGACAGGUACAGGAAUCCCACGUGAAGGCGAACAAGCGCCCGCGUGAGCCCCAGGACGAAGACGAGGUGGAGAAGGCCGAGCUGCCAGCCAAGCACGUGAAACAGAGCGCAGGGCCCCCGCCGCCCGUCGGCAAGGACACGUUUUCUUACAUGGGGGAAUUUGUCGUUGUCUACACUGACGGCUGCUGCUCCAGUAAUGGGCGGAGGCGGGCUCGAGCAGGAAUUGGUGUUUACUGGGGGCCAGGCCAUCCUUUAAAUGUAGGAAUUAGACUUCCUGGACGGCAAACAAACCAAAGAGCAGAAAUUCAUGCGGCCUGCAAAGCCCUCGAGCUGGCGAAGGCUCAGAACAUCAGCAAGCUGGUUCUCUACACGGACAGCAUGUUCACCAUCAAUGGCAUCACUAGCUGGGUUCCGGGCUGGAAGAAGAACGGCUGGCGGACAAGCACCCACAAGGAGGUGGUCAACAAAGAGGACUUCCAGGAGCUGGAGCGCCUCGCCCAGGGAAUGGACGUUCAGUGGAUGCAUGUUCCUGGCCAUGCGGGAUUUAUAGGCAAUGAAGAAGCCGACCGAUUAGCAAGAGAAGGUGCCAAGCAGCCUGCAUGCUGAACGAAUGCAGCAUUUCAUUCUUGGAAGAACUUGAGCGUGGCCGUUCUGUCACCUUUGCUUACUGGAGUGGACACUAAAACGACGGGGUGGACAGUGCUGUCGACGGCAGACACAGCUUUCAGACCGGAUCAGGAAGGCGGGGGCGGGGUGGGAGCGUGCGAUAAAGGCAGCUGUGGAAUACUUUUCUCUUGAUUUUUUGGCUGCCUCGAGGCAUGUGAAGUUCCCGGGCCAUUGGUUGAAUCCAGGCUGCAGCUGUGACCUACGCCAUAGCCGCAGCAACUCCGGGUCGUUAACCUGCUGUGCCAGGCUGGGGAUUGAACCUGCAUCCCCGCGUCCGUCCUGUUGCACCACAGCGGGAUCUGCAGGUGUGAGAAAUUGAGCGUCCUUUGUGAUGUGAGAAUGGUCGGAGGUUUGAGUACUCGGCUUCACUAUGCUUGAUGCUGUUCUCAUUAGUUUUAUUGCAGGCUGGACAAAGAUGCUAGGACCUUGCUUUAAUAAGGAUGAAUAAACCUUGGUUAAAAAAAUGCA